GUCAUUGGAGCUGCUACCUUCUUGUCAACAUGCACGGAAUACUUCUGACCACAGGCCUCUUUGUGGCAUUUGUCACUAUGGCCUGCUCCGAAAGGCUGGUUUGUUACUACGACAGAAAGGCGGCCGCCAGAUCCUUCCUUGGCAAGUUCACUCCAGCCAACAUUAAUCCAUUUCUGUGCACCCACAUCAUCUAUAGUUAUGCAGCCAUUGAUGACAAAAACAACAAGAACAGACUGAUACCAGUAGAUCCGGCAGAUCUGAUUCUGUACAACGACCUGAUUAAACUUAAAUCGGUUAAUCCAAAUUUGAAAACUUUACUAGCUGUAGGUGACCCAUCAGGCAAUGACGAUCAGGCUUUCUCUGUAAUGGUGGCCUCACCAAAUACCAGAAGGAAUUUUAUCGAUUCAGUCAUCCUUUUAUUUCGGGAAUACAGUUUUGAUGGGCUAAAUCUGGACUGGCGCUAUCCCGAUGUCAAUGCAAACAGUAAAAAAUUCACAACUCUCUGUCAGGAGCUCAGAACAGCUUUCUCCAGCGAAUCACUGCUCCUCACUGCCAGUGUAUCCGCUACGCAGACAAGUGGUUAUGAAGUCUCAAAGAUUGCUCCUGAACUGGAUUUCAUCAAUGUUUUAACAUACAACUUUCACAGUCCAACAGAAACCGGCCACAGCACAUCACAGUCCUUUAGGUCCAUUUAUCACAAAACCUAGUGAUACUCUG